AUGGGCAUCAACGAAUGCAGUAUAGAGCCGAGCACGAUUGGGACAAGCUGGAACUCGGUGCGAUGGAACAAGCCGGCCACCACCGGCUAUCGAUCACACAGCGCUCGGGUUCGCGACUCGUUUGAGUCGCGGCCUUCGCUUUCCUCCACCACUCCAUCCUAUUCGUCUCGAGCCUCGAGUACCCCAAAAUAUGGCAGCAGCAGUGCCGUUCGGAUGGCUCACGAUCUUGUUAGCCUCGGCCCGUCAGUCCCGCAGCGCGCCUCCCGCUUCGAUUCUUCAGCCCAAGAAAAAUACCGGGAAGAAGCGCGCGAACUGCUCGAAAAGUACACGAAUCGAACGCCCGCUGCAACAACGCCAGCCUCGACGACCUCACUGAAAUCUGGAUAUUACUCACGGCAUUUCGAACCCAGGAAAUUGACGGAAACAUCCCCUCGCCUGCCGUCCGUUUCCUCUUAUGUCUCGCCAUCUCCCAGGGCUUCUGCCUCUUAUCGGCCUUCAAUAACGCCGAGUCGAUGCUCAGUCGAGCCGCCAUCAUCCCGAUAUUCGGCCGAAAGAUCGUUGGGCCCAUCGAGCAUCAACUAUCCCUCAUCUACAUACUCCACAUCAAAAGAACGCCCCUGGCGGACCCGACUGGCCGAAUCGGCGCGUCUUCGAGCGACAGUUGGUGAUGAGGCCUCAGCCUCAUACUCUGCUUCUAGAGCUUCUCGUCGAGGCAGUCUAUCACAAGCAAGCGGUGACGAGGGAUUGUCAAGGGAAUUGAGGGAUCUACGAUCAUCGGUGGCUACCGUCAGACCGUACCGUACAUCGUCGCGACAAUCAUCCGUUGAGAGCAGUGUCGGGUCGCGAUUUUCGAGAUACUCAACGCCGACUUCGACACGUACGGGCGCUCUCUUCUCGUCUGCAUCCACCCCAUACCGGUCCACCAUCGACACCAGCAGGUCGAAAACAUCGUCGCAAAUGUCACGAAGUUUCUCCCCCAUCCGCUCGUCGCUCGAUCCGAUGGACAGUCUGCUAACUACGCGGCAAUACGCUACGAGAUCUCUCUCGCCAUCAAGUCGAGAAGCUUUGAGAAGAGUGUCCUCUACGGAAAAAGCCACAAUAUCAAUGGCCCCCACAACAUCCCCAAUACAAGAAGGGAAUGAAAGAGAUGAAAGGACGAGGAAGAGAAGCAGCAGUAAGGCUCGAGCGGCCCGUCGGGCCUCGCGACAACGAGAAGCCGACAAGACAUCAGAAUCUGAAGGGGAAAGAGGGACCGAUCGAUCGAUUAGUCGACAGCGGAGACGAUCAAAGAAGAAGGGAAGGGAGGAAUCCCUACCCGCUCGUCCACCGCCCCACGAUGGCACCGCGGAAACCGAAAUGGUGGCCCUCUCUCCGACCGUAGUGGCCUCUCCUCCAGGCCCUUCUGGGCCACCAGCCCUUCGCCAGGGUGUGUCGGUGGUCGAGCCAGGGCGUGUCCGUCUCGUCCUCCGCCACGGUGUCAUCUCCCGACUGCUCGGGGCUGGAGAACGAACGACACCUAUUUACGAGACAGAUUCUGACAACAACUCGGAUUCUGACGGCGAUGCACCGUGGACAGCUCCGGCUCCGGUCGUCCGGUUUUUCGGGCCGAAAUCGGGGGAUCCGGCGGUGAAUCGGGCACGGUACCAGACGCACCAUCCGAAUGCUACGUAUAAAUUGAGUUGUGAGGUGGUGGAAGGGCAAAGAUAUCCGAAGCCGUUAAGUACGCACCAUGCGGAUACGGUAGAACCUCAAAGGUAUCCGAAUACCUCAGCUACGCACCAUCCAAAUGACACCUACAAGUUAAGGCCGACCCAAAGGUAUCAGAAGCCAUUAAGUAAGCACCAAGCGGAAGUGGUGGAACCUCACAGAUACCCGAAGCCAUUCUGUACGCACCAUGCCGAUCCGGUGGAACCUCAAAGGUAUCCAAGUACCUUGGCUACGCACCAUCCAAAUGACACCUAUAAACUACAAAAAACAGCAGCCAGCACCUCGGAAUCAACCUCCAAAAAAUACCCUGAAAAAACCACCACCACCACCGCCGCUCCAAAAAAACCGUGGCGCCAAGGUACCUUGAUCUCGCGGAUCAAGUCCACUCUCGAAUUCCGGGCCUCCGGAAGGAACCUGCAGUUGGAAGAGCAUAAAGAGGAACCCACCGUACUGAAUUUACCCACACAACCUGAAAAACCCAUCGAAAAGGAGAAAAAACCUUCUAAAAUCUCCUCCUUCUUCAACCGGAUGCUCCGAAAAACCCCCCGAGGCGCGAAGGAAGAAAAGCCACAACCGCCAGUACACUGCAAUGCUGAUGACAGGGUGAAGCAUGGGUUUGCUCUUCAGAAACCGACGGUGGUCGCCGAGUUGGACUCGAAAUUACAGACCAAGAGAGUUGAAUCUACAACUGCAACGUCUGCGCCACGUCAGGCCCUUCAGAAACCUGUUGUGGAGCCAAAGUCUGGCUCCCCAAAAACCCUGGUGAAAGUGGAGAAACGUGAAAAUGGCAGGUUUACCGUACCCGAGUUGAAGAGGGUCACGUCUCCAAUAUUGCCGCAUUAUGGCUGGAAUCUAGAAAAUAAGAAAGAGGAGAAAAAUGAGGCUCAAAAUCGUCCCCUAGGCGUGGUACGUCCGUUUUCUAGGACCGGAAAUCCGGCAGAUCGAAACUUGGCUAUAGGACCGAUGCCUGCUGGAACUCCGGAAAAUCGUGUCGAAACAGUUGGACCGAGCGCGAGAAGGCUGUCGAGGGGGAGGACGAACAUUUUGGAUGACUUAGGAGGACGAUCGCACCAUGUCGAGCCGGCUGAGCAGCCCCUCGACAUCGGGAGGUUAAACUCCUUGAAGACGCCUCUCGGGAAGCCUACCCCACCGCAUCAGGCAGUAGAUGCUCCGACGCUGCAGGCAGAAAAAUCCGUCAGCCCGAACAGCUCGAACUUGACGCCAAAAGGUGGUGCUGCUCAACUUAUACAAGGCGCGACGCCACAUGUCGACUCGAACAGCUCCAACCUGACGCGGAAAAACGGUACUGCGCAACCACACGGUCAAAGUGCCGCUCAGGCGCACCAAAUCGACAAGCCGUUCAACCCGAACAAGCCGAACAUGACGGCCAAAAUCGCUCAACCAAACCCCGAAGUAGCAAAGCCUCGCCCUCCAACCGAAGCCGAACAGCUCGAACGUCUCCACCGUCUCGAAGAAGAGCUCCGAGCCCAGCGUGAACGUCUCGAACUGCUCGCCGCGAAACCCCUACUCCCCGAAAAUCCACCAGCCAUCGUCACCGAGCGCAAAGUGCUCGUCAAAUAUUCAGACAGUCUCCAUCGAGUUCGAAAGAACCCUCCUUGCCCACCCCCAAAACCCAUUCCCGAACAACCAACACCAUGGAUUGUACGCCCAGCACCUCUUGACAUCUCACAAUAUGUACAGGAGAGAGUGGAGGGGGCAGAGAAGAUAGAGAAGAUGGAGAAAGGAAGGAAGAUGGUCAAAUAUCCAAGGGAUCUGUUGAAUCCUGUGGUAUCGGGGGAAAAGGAGAAGAAUAAGGAGAAGCCGAUGCCCCUAUGGAGACUACAGAAUAUUCGGAGAUUUGGAGAGACCAAAAGCCUGCCAGCGGAAAAAUCGGGAAAAGCAUCCUAUGGCGAGCCGGCUUUUCACACACCACCUCCGGAACCGAUUAUCACAGUGGCCCCGCCUACCCCAACUACCCCGAAAAAGAUGUCACUCGAUGUGGAGGACAAAGAAAAGAAGCUGUUAAAGAACAUUCGCGCCGAAAAGUUGGCCUCCCCGACGUGCAUCCCGUGGGACUCAUCCUUCGAAUUGGAAGAAGCGUAUUCCGACGCGAGCGUCAUCGAUGAUGAGUCACAGUACUCGGCGGUUACGCAUUUCGUGCCCAAAAAAAUCAAGCGUCCCCCAGUGCCGGGCGUCUGGGUGAAAGAUGGGGUCGAGCUGAUCAGCAAGAACAAGAGUUUCAGAAGAGAAGACCAAGCCCAUACUACAGUAUCCGUGUGGGAGGGGAAACGCCGCGAGAGAGCCGCUUUAUCAAAAAAUUUCGAAGCUCCCGACAAGAAAAAAGUGGUAGUAACGGAAAAGAAGAGAAUGGUGCUGCGAAAGAAGAAACUCUCCACCAUCGACCCGAAAGAUGUAGAACGAGCGAGGAAAGAGCGCGAAAUAUCACCCGAAGGCAAGGCGAAAAAGGAACCUGUGACGACUACCGUAACCGCGACACUCCAGCAUAAACACUUCCAGAAAGCUACUGUGGUCCGGAAAUUACCGUACACGGAAAGGCAAUCCAUCUCUCACGCCCGCCCGUUCAAAGCCCGCCGAAAGGCCGUCCCGCUCGCCCUGGCCGCCGUCGACCGUGAAUUCAAGCGAAAACCCGCCGAACUACGGGUGCAGAAGACGAUGAUGAGCUACGGCCGUCAACAACAGAGCGGCUCGAUCAAAUGCCGAGCGCCGACCAGCCGCACCACCGCCACUCAGCAGACGAUCAGCAGAAAUGAACAGUCCGGAGGGGCAAAGGUGAUUGUCGUGAGUGCACCGAUCAAGGAUGUGAACGUGUCGAGGGUCAGGCAUCGAUGCAGGGCCACCAAGGAGAAGAAGCAGCGCAAUUCAAUGCCCUGCUACACCUCCCUCGAGCAUUCUGUCGAUGGUUUCGAGGCGGAAAAACGGAAAUUACGAGCGAUGCAAGCCAACAAUGGAGCCGAGUCGGAUACGGACCUGCGCUCGGAGCGUGAGGGGUCCGUGGCGGCUGCGAUUUUGGACGAGAUGAGGGGGAAGGAUUCGACUGUCGAUUGGAGUAGUGAGAAGGGCGGACCAUCGAUCUUCCUCAACGACGGCCGAGAACCGCUCGUAUUGCCGGAUCGAUCGAUACUCGAGGAGUACGUCAAUAGAAAACGCGGCCGUCUCGAGCGUCUCCACUCCGAGCCAAUACGCGAACACGACGAAAAUCGAUCGGAGUGCGACUCACCGUGCAAUUCCACCGCCUCGGAGUUCAUUCCCGCGUCGGCAGUACGCGUGCACGAGCCAUCGUCCCGUGGAGUGCCGGUGAUCACGACUGCACCACAGAAAUCGAGAUCUCGUAUGAGCAGUGGUGAGCCCCAGACCCCGACCACAAUGCUCGACACCCAACAGCCACCCAACAUCAACAAUUUCAACUCAACCCCGCAGGCUUUUCUCAGACAAGACCGACGCGCGAACCCUCGCCCAAUCCUCUUCAAUGCCCCACAAACAUUCGAUGUACCCAAGACACCGUUCGAGUCGGCCCUCCAAAAUCAGGCCAACCAAAUUGCUCGUCGCGCAUCGAUUGCGUCGAUUUCCAACUAUUCGGAUGUCGAGUGCCGCUCCGAGGCAGCCCCACUGCCGUCGAAUACCUCAGCUGCAGCCCAAUUCCACCGCCAAGGCAGCCAGGAUGGGGCUUCGUCAUCCAUUUCCUCCUCUUUCACAGCUGCCCUUGCUGCCAAUCAACCCACACGACACGAGAGAUACGCAGCGCAUAUCCCGGUUAAUAGAGGCGACGGCUCGGGUCGACAGAGUGCCAACAGUGUCGAUAGCCAGGCUAGUGGCGCCCUCGAGACGGCCAGCAAACAAUUGGACCAGGUGAUCGAUCAGGCCCGCCAUCGGCACCACCAACAUCGCUCCCGUUUCAAGGAGGCCAUCGACUACUUGGAUCAGAUAUUCGAGGAUCUGAAGAGGGAAUGUGACACCGGCGCACAGCAGGCACAGUCGGACGACGCGAACAACAACAGCAAAUCGUUGGCCGACCCCGUGCCGCUGGCUCCGAUUCCGAUUGGCGAUAAUACUGGCACGCUGCCGAGUCAUAUACGACGAAUCCCAGCCGUGGUGCCCGAUCCGGCGCCAUCCAAUUACGCCACCCAAUCACUGCCGAAUCGAACGGCCCGCCAUCGGCCACAACAGCAACAUAUCGCCUCCCCAGCAGAGCCAACUCGACGCUUCCAAAAGCCAGUGGAGCGGCAGCCGAGUAUCGAGGCUGAGAUAUCCGAGUCGAUCGAGUUACCAAAGAAGCAGGACAAACUGGAUUUCACCCGGCGAUGGCUGCACGACGAUCUGUCGUCAUUUGGAAUGGCCAGCCCGGCACCGCUGGUGAUUGGACCCGAAAUGUCGACCCUGUACGCCGACGUAGAUGAACACUCACUGGGAAGCUGUUCAGCUGAGGUGGCAGCCAUCAAUGAGAAGGGAAAGACGAAGAAGAAGGAGAAAAAGAGCUCCUCGUCUUCUCACAGCAAGCCCAAGCCGCACGCCGACGUCAAGCCGGUCAAGCCACAGCCGCUGAGACCACAACCACAGAAUGGCAAUGGAUUGCGGCAAUUUCCGGUUGAGAUAGAGGGAAAUGCAGCUCCUCUGCUUCGAGUGGCCUCGUACGAUCAUAUGGCCGACCCACGGGAGGUGCAAGGAGGAGCGUGGCGGAGUGGAAGUCAGGAGCCGUACAACAAUUCCCUGACCCUACAUCCGAGUGACCCUCGGCCCAGUCCAUCGGCAUUCCACAACGUCUCCCCGUCGGUGCAGAGAAAUUCGUUGCGAGGGAGCAUCAAAUCUCUCCCCGAUGCCGGCUCGUCCGCCCUCCACCGUACCCCUGAUCCUCCCUCAUCUCAUGCUCCUCCCCUCCCUCCCCCACCUCGAGAUCCCGGGCUAGCCAUCGAUGCCCUCGUCGCCGAGCUCGAGCUCAACACCGAGGAGUCAGCAAUAGCGGAGAAGCGGAGAUCAUUCCCGACAGGUGGAGUGAUGCGGAAUAAUGGGGAUAAUGGGUAUUAUGAAACGAGACGACAGAUGGGAGGAGGACAACAACAGAGGAGAGGCACACAACCUGUCGGAUACAGUAAUCAACCAAACCGUGCCAAUCUGGACGAUAUGGCGUCAAUGCUAACCAGUGUCGCCGAUGAAUUCUCCCUUGACCGACAACAAAGAGGAAAAGCCCCUCCACAGCGCCAGAAUAGCGGCAACUCGAACCAAUCCUCCAUCUAUUCCAUCCCCCACAUGCAUGCCCCACCAUUUGAGACGAUUAAUAAGGAGCGAAUCAACCCCUCACGUGUCGAAGCCAUGCAAAAUGUAUUUGAGACCAAAAACGCGGAAUGGCGCCGCGGCCCUCAGCCCUUCAAAAGCAGCCGAGAAGACGAGAAUUUUUAUGAAUUCCCCGACAAUCAACAACCCACCGCUUUUACUUCACCGCGAAAAAAUUUUGACUACCCCCCACAACCUCAGCAACCACACAGUCAACCACCGAAUGGACCGCCGAUGCAGAGGAAUGGCUCGGCCGGCUCAUCCCAAAAUGGUGGCUACUACUCGUCGAACAGCUCGGAUCAUCAUGUUGGCCAACAGGCACAUCAUAAUGGAGGGCUGAUUCGAAGAGGAUCACUGCCUGGUGGGGCAUCAUCAUCAUCAAGGCGUCUAUCAUCCCGGCAUCCAUCCAAUGAUACUAAUGAUGAUGAUGAUGGAUUUUAUGAUAAUAUUGCACAGUUUGAUGAUCGUCGUUUCUCUCGUGGGAGUGAGGUAUUCGAGACGGGUUCUCUCAACAGGACGGCAUCCACCAAAAGCCACACUCACAACAAGAUUGGGUCAUUCUUCCGUAAAAUGGGUGGUGGUCGUCCUCCGGGUGCAGCAGCGAGUCUUGUCUCUCUCAAUAAAGCCGGCAUCGAACCGCAGAUUCAUUCUGGGGGAUCGUCUCUUCUGCUCAAAUCGGCCAGUCUCAGCCAGGAUCCGUGGCAUCAGCAUGUUCUUGGGGGAGGAGGAGCUGUAGGAGGAGGGAGAGGACCAUCGAUGCCGUCAGGCGCCGACUCCUCAAAACACCACGGCCUCGGCCACCGCCUCAAAAACUCGCUUUUCGGCUCGAAAAAACGGCUCAACAUCCAC